AUGUCUAUUAACGAAGAAGAGUACCUUCGCUUAGAAGAGGAAAUUGAUUUAGGUGACAUCGACUUCACCGACUUGGAAGAGCAAUACGAGGCAGACCUUGGAUAUGAUAACUACGUUAUUGUGGAUGGUGCACCUAUUGCACCAGAGGCAAAAGUGCCUAUUUUGAUCAAGGUUCUCAGAAAACUUUUCAGCACUGCAGGUGAGAUUGUUGAAGGAGACGAGGGGAUCUUUAUGCCAAUGGAAAACGGCAAGUCCAAGGGUUUCCUUUUCAUCCAAUACAAGAAUGUAGCGGAUGCAGACACUGCCAUUAAGAAAUUGAAUGGUAAAAAAUUAGAUGCGCAACAUAGAUUGUUGGUGAAUAGAUUGUCCGAUAUCGAAAAGUACGGAUCCGUAUCUGGCGAAUUCAAAGAGCCGGAGAUUGAACCAUUCCAAUCACAUGGAUUUUUGCAAAGUUGGUUGCAAGAUGAGCAAGGUAAAGAUCAAAUUGUUUUGCAUUUCAACGAGAGCGUUGGUGUCUAUUGGAACAAGAAAACAUCUGAGCCAGAGCCAGUUAUUGAACCAAGACGUGGUUUUACUUCUAAAUAUGCCAAGUUCUCACCAAAAGGUACAUACCUCUUUUCGAUCCACCCACAAGGUAUCCAAGCAUGGGGUGGUGCUGAUUUCCACAGAAUCAAGAGAUUUUUCCAUAAUCAAGUGAGAUUGGUUGACUUUUCACCCAAUGAGAAAUACAUGGUGACCUUAUCACCAUUACCAAUCACCUUACCCGAUUCCACUGCCGAGAGAGCCCAAUUCCCAUUCGGGCCAGAGAGUGAAGGUCACAAGUUGGUUAUUUGGGAUAUGGAAACCGGCGAACCAGCAAGAACCUUUGCGUUGCCACCACAUCUCGAGAACCAGAAGGAAAUGCAAUGGCCUUUGGUGAAAUGGUCAUUUGAUGACAAGUACUGUGCUCGUCAAGGACCAGAUGCGUUGGCUAUCUACGAGACACCAAGCUUCCAAUUGUUAGAGAAGAAAUUGGUCAAGAUUGAUGGUAUUCAAGAGUUUGAGUGGGCACCAGCAGGCGUCAAAUUGCACAAUAGCAAAGAGGCAAACGAGCACCUCUUGUCGUAUUGGACACCUGAAAGUGCGAACCAGACUGCCAGAGUUGCGAUUAUGCAGAUACCAAGCAGACAAGUGUUGCGUACAGUCAACUUGUUCCAAGUUAGUGAUUGUAAAAUGCACUGGCAAAGCGAGGGUAAAUUAUUGUGUGUCAAGGUUGAUAGACAUACCAAGUCAGGUAAGACCUUGUUCUCGAACCUUGAUUUCUUUAAAGUAACUGAGAGGGAUAUUCCAGUUGAGAAGUUGGAGUUGAAGGAUGUCAUUGUUAACUUUUCAUGGGAACCAAAGAGCGAGAGGUUUGUUACCAUCAGCAGGUUGGACGAUGGUAAUCCAAAUCCAGCUAUUCCAAAGAACUCAAUUACUUUUUACGCAGUUGAAGAAGGUAAAGGUAAAAACGCCAAUUCCAAAUAUAAGGCAUACAAGCAAAUCGAGAACAAGCAUUCUAACACUGUUUUCUGGUCACCAAAAGGUAGAUACGUUGCAGUUGCCACAAUCUCGAGAUCCUCAGGUGAGAUUGAGUUUUAUGAUGUUUCAUUUGAUGACGAGACAAGCAAGAAAGCUGCACCAGCUAAUGUCAAACUCUUGAAGACCGACAAGUACAGUGGUAUGACGAAUAUUGCAUGGGACCCAUCAGGAAGAUUCUUGGCUGCUUGGUCUUCAUCAUGGUUGCAUACUAUAGAAAACGGUUACAGAAUUUAUGAGUUUACCGGAAACUUGUUGCGCGACGAUUCUGUUGAUCAAUUCAAGGAAUUCAUUUGGAGACCAAGACCAGAGAGUUUAUUGACCAGUAGUGACAGAAAGAAGGUGCGUAGUAACUUGCGUGAAUACUCGGCACAAUUUGAAGAGUUUGACGCCAUGGAGGCCGAUGCUGCUGUUAGAGAAGCUAUCUUGGCCAGAAGAAAGGCUUUGGAAGACUGGAGAGCAUACAGAGCUAAGCAUGCUGGAAAGAAGGUGCAAACAAGCAAGGUGCAAGCAGAAGUCAUUGAAGAGAUUAAAGAAGAGAUUGUCGAAGAGAAGGAAGAAAUUGUCGAAUGA